AAGAGCAGCUGAUUCACUCAGAUACUGAGGCUGAUAAGAGCAGCAGGAGUCUUUUGCGAGGGAAAAAAUCCCAUUGAGACUUUAUAAAUUUCUACAAGUGGGAAACUUGUAUCUGGACAAAAUCUGAACAAAAUUGAACCACUGGACUAAACUUGCAAAACUGCUGCCUACUAAAGAAAUUACAUUUUUUUUAGUCUUCAGUCUUUUCCCUAGAUUUUAACUGAACACUGAUCUAAAAACGUAUUACUACUUUUAUAUAUAUUAAAAAAAAAAAAAUGUGGAUUAUUUUGGUGUUCACGAGUUAUAGUUUUGCCCUGGGAUCAGGGUACAGAAAAAGUACAGAAAACCCAGGAAAGAGACAAUAUCAGAUCCAGAAAGGCCCUUGCAGCUACACAUUUCUGUUACCCGAGAUGGAGAAUUGCAGGACAUCUUCAUAUCCUUAUGCAACUAAUGCAGUGCAACGAGAUGACCCAGCUGAAUAUGAUGAAUCAGUGCAGAGACUGGAACUUCUCGAAGAUAUCAUGGAAAACAACACCCAGUGGCUCUUAAAGUUAGAAAGCUACAUCCAAGACAACAUGAAGCACGAUAUGGUACAAAUUCAACAGAAUGCGGUGCACAACCACACAGCAGCCAUGAUUGAAAUUGGAACUAACCUGUUAAGCCAAACGGCAGAGCAGACCCGCAAAUUAACAAGUGUGGAGGCUCAGGUAAUAAAUCAAACUACAAGACUUGAACUUCAACUACUACAAAAUUCCCUCUCAACAAAUAAACUGGAAAAACAAAUACUAGUCCAAACAACUGAAAUAAGUAGACUUCAUGAUAAGAACAGAUUUCUAGAAAAAAGAGUUUUAGAAAUGGAAGACCAGCGUCUAGCUGAACUUAAGACCCUGAAAGAUGAAAAGGACCAAAUCAAGCAGCUUGUGUUGCGACAGAACUCAAUGAUUGAGGAGCUGGAGCAGCAGCUGGUCACAGCAACAUCAAACAACUCUGUCUUGCAGAAACAGCAGCAUGACCUGUUGGAAACUGUUAAUGAUCUUAUCGCAGUAAUAUCCCCUCCUAACCUGAAAACUUCGAUCAUGGCUACAGAAGCUCAAAACCAUUUUAAAGACUGUGCAGAACUGUAUAAAUCUGGAAAGACAACAAGCGGUGUCUAUGCACUGACUCUCCCCAACACAACAGAGCAAAUAAAGGCAUACUGUGAUAUGGACUCCAGUGGAGGUGGGUGGACAGUAAUACAGCGUCGUAUAGAUGGCCACGUAGAUUUUCACAGAACUUGGAAAGAAUACAAAAUGGGGUUUGGUGACUCUGCUGGGGAAUACUGGCUGGGAAAUGAAUUGGUUUCCCAGCUAACCAAUGAGCAACCACAUGCUCUGAGGAUUCAACUAAAAGACUGGGAAGGCAAUGAGGGAUAUUCACUCUAUGAUCAUUUUUAUCUCAACAGUGAGGCGCAGAACUACAGGAUACACCUUAAAGACUACAGUGGAACAGCAGGCAAAAUCAGUAGCCUUGGCCAACCAGGAAGUGAUUUCAGUACAAAGGAUGUAGACAAUGACAAAUGUAUUUGCAAAUGUUCACAACUGACCACGGGAGGUUGGUGGUUUGAUGCCUGUGGGCCUUCAAACUUAAAUGGAAUGUACUACCAGCUGGGACAGAACACAAACAGAUUCAACGGAAUCAAAUGGUACUACUGGAAAGGCUCAGGCUACUCACUAAAAACAACUACAAUGAUGAUCAGGCCUGCAGACUUCUGAUAGGGCUUCUGUUCAAAGAGUUUUCUGCCUAGUCUACAAGAUAUGGCUAGUACUUUAACUUUAAAAUAUCUGUGUUUUAUAUCUGUUUGUUUAUAGGAAAUAUUCCAUACCAUCAGAAGAUGGAAAUAUUUCAAUUUUUGGCACUCAGACUGAGGAAGUUUGUGUACUUGAACUAUAAAAGCUGUAAACUUUGCUGGGUGCAAUUUUAUUCAUUCAUUUUUUUAUUAUUGUUAUUUAUACAUAACUGGAACUGUGAGACAAUUUAACAAAUGUAUGCCCUUUUGUGUGAUAUAGUUAUGAUCCAGCCUGCUGAUCACUGCUCAUCAGGAAAUCAGGCGUCAAAAACCUUUUUUUUUUUUUUUUUUUUUUUUUUUUUUUUAAUUCUGUAAGAGGCUACUUGUUCGGUUGUCAACAUAGAAAACUGUGGUUGAACAUAUUUUGGUCAACUGCCAAAGUGACAGAAAUUCCUUUUGGUAGGAAUUAUUUCCAACAGGAUGUUGACUUUCAUAAAAAGUAAAGGGAAUUGUUUUGUAAAAUGUAGAGAGUUUAUUCUUGUAUAUUAUCAUUGAAGGAACCACAAUAAAUUGUUUUGAAAAUUAAAAACAUAUUAGGAGGAUCAAAACCAUUACUGUGAUGAGGCAACACACUUUGUUAUCCCCCCCCCCCCCCCCGUGUUAAACAUGAAUUAGAAAACGAUUCAGUACUAUCAGCCAAUCUGCUUCCAGCUCAAGUAGGCUUCAAUUAGACGGUAGAUGCCCGCUGCUACGUCACAGCAUCAACCAGUCCUGUGUCCACGACUGCCAAAUCGGCCAAUCAUAGCCUCAGCCAUGACGAGCUCAGCAUCUUUCAGCAACAAACCCAGACAGUUCAGUAAUAUUGCUUCAUUUACUCAUAUAUAUAUAAUUAAUAAAGUUGUUGUUAUAUAUAUUUUUUCUCAUUAUGUAAGCGAUCCUUUACAAACAUUUUCGGGACUAUUUUCCUACAUUUUUUCUCCGCGGAAGGGUACUCAACGAUUCAUUUCAAGUUCAAGGUAGAUGUAGGUUUAAAUGUUGUUUUAAAGAAAAUAAUGAGAAAAAACACUCUUUAAUAGCGACAGUGCCCUCUCAAAGGCUACUGUUUGGUAGUUGACCUUAACUUUCAUUAGCGCCCUCGCCUUCAGCUUGGGAUGCAGGACUCCCACGGCAGUCAAUUACAACACAGUGGACCCUUCAUCAACAGGCACUAUCGCUUAAACAACAGUUUUCCACAUUAGCUCAUACAAGACAUUUUAAUUCGUAUAUGGAAAUAAUCAGGAAAGGCUACUUAACAGCAUGGUCAGUUGCAGAUAUAGUUGGCAAUUCAGUUUUCGAUUUGGACAUGUUCACUCACCCAUUAGAAAUUUUAAACUACUCUCUAAACUCAGUUUUGGUCACAAUUGUAAGCACAGGUUUAUUUUUAUUUUUUAAAUAUUCCGAUUUGGAAAGACUACAAACAUAUAUCUAGGCAACACUAAUUUGUUUGAACUGCUCUUGAAAAGCAAUUUAAAAAUGUGUACACUUAACUGUAAACAUGUUGUCUAUGCUGGCCAAACUUUAAUCAAAAUGUAUUAGCAAUGAAUAUGAUAUCAUUUUGUAGUUUUUUUGAUUACAUGAUGUUAAAUAAAAGGUCUAAAAUUA